AUGUGGGACGCCCCGACGCCUUCUCGCGGCACGGGUACGGAGACUCCCGCGGGGACGUCGCAGUGGGCGGAAACGCCUGCGCGCGGGAAGUGGGACAUGGGGGAGAAGACGAUCGGCGACGUUCCGGGCGGAAAACGCUCGCGGUGGGACGAGACGCCUGCGAGCCGGAUGUUCGGGAGCGGCACGGCGACGCCGCUGGCGGGGAGCGGGAUGGCGACGCCGGUGAUCGGGCAGUCGGUGUGGCAGCAGGAGAUGGCGUGGCGCAACCGUCCGCUGAGCGACGAGGAGCUGGACUCGAUUCUGCCCGGAGGGUACCGGAUCGUGACUCCGCCGGAGAGCUAUAAGCCGAAGGUGCAGCGGAAUCAUAAUCUGAUGGCGACGCCGACGCCGAUGAGCACGCCGGGGUUCAAUCUGGAGAACACGCCGACGAGAGAGAUGUACGGAAUGAUCACGCCGGUGGUGCAGGACGUGCCCGUGUAUGCGCACGACGAGCAGCAGUUCGCCGAUCUGCUGCACGACGUGGACGAAUCCACGCUGACCAAAGAGCAGGCGCGCGACCGCAAGAUCAUGAUUCUCCUGCUGCGUAUCAAGAACGGCACGCCCCUCCAGCGCAAGGGAUCGCUGCGGCAAAUCACCGAGGGCGCGGUGUCCUUCGGCGCGGGCCCGCUCUUCAACCGAAUCAUCCCCUUGCUGAUGAGCACCGAGCUCGAAGCGCAGGAGCGCCACCUCCUCAUCAAAGUGCUGAACCGCAUCCUCUUCAAGCUGGACUCGCUCGUGCAGCCCUACGUCCACAAGAUCCUCGUCGUGGUCGAGCCCAUGCUCAUCGACGACGACAAAUUCGCGCGCGUCGAGGGCCGCGAAGUCAUCAGCAACCUCGCCAAGGCCGCAGGCCUCUCCUUCAUGAUCUCCACGCUCCGCAAGGACCUCGACAACGCCGACAGCAACGUCCGCACCGUCACCGCGCGCGCCUUCUCCGUCGUGGCCUCCGCGCUGGGCAUCCCGCCGCUCCUCCCCUUCCUCUGCGCCGUCUGCAAGAGCAAGAAGAGCUGGCUCGCGCGCCACACCGGCGUGCGGAUCGUCGCGCAGAUCGCGCAGCUGAUGGGCUGCGCCGUGCUGCCGCAGCUCGGCCACCUCGUGGACUGCAUCAAGAACGGGCUCAACGACGAGCAGCUGCGCGUGCGGAUCGUCACGGCGCGCGCGCUCGCGGAUCUGGCGGAGGCGUCGUACCCGUACGGCAUCGAGUCGUUCGACUGCGUGCUGAACCCGCUGUGGACGACCGUGAAGACGGCGCGCGGCGCGGCGCUGGAGGCGUAUCUGCGCGCGGUGGGGUACAUCAUUCCGCUGAUGGACGUGACGCGCGCGAGCCGGUACAUCGACGACGUGAUGUACAUCCUGGUGCACGAGCUGUCGUCGCCCGACGAGAACAUCCGCCGCACGGUGAUGCGCGUGGUGAAGCAGUGCGUGCAGUCGGACGGCAUUUCGAUCGACUACAUCCGCGACACCAUCGUGCCCGAGUUCUUCAAGCACAUGUGGAUCCGCCGCACCGUCGGGAAGCGCGAGACGCAGCGCAUUCUCGAGGAGACCACCAACGAGAUCGCGCAGCGCGUGGGCGCGGAGGAAGUGAUCCGCCGCCUGGUGCCGCUGAUGAAGGACAAGGAGGAGGUCUUCCGCAGCACGGUGCUCAACGCGAUCAAGAACGUCAUCUCGCUGAUGGGCGUGUCGGACCUGGACCUCAAGCUGGAGGAGCAGAUGAUGAACGGACUGCUCUUCGCGUUCCAGGAGCAGGGCGGCGAGAGCACCACCGCGGUGGUGAACUGCUACGGCACCGUGCUGAAGAUGCUCGGCGUGCGCGCCAAGCCGUACAUGAGCGGCAUCACCUCCACGAUCAAGUGGCGAAUCACCAACCGCAGCCCCACCAUCCGAAAGCAGUCGGCGGACCUGAUCGCGCGCAUCGCGCCGUCGUUGAAGACCUGCGGCGAGGAGGGCGAGCUGAAGAAGCUGGGCCUCGCGCUGUACGAAUAUCUCGGCGAAGAGUACCCGGACGUGCUGGCGUCCAUUCUCAACGCCCUCAAAUCCAUCGUGAACGUGAUGGGCAUGGAGGACAUGAACCCGCCCAUCCGCGAUCUGCUGCCUCGCCUCACGCCCAUUCUCCGCAACCGGAACGAGCUCGUUCAGGAGAACUGCGUGGACCUGGUGGGCCGCAUCGCGGAUCGCGGACCCGAGUUCGUGCCUCCGAAAGAAUGGUCUCGCAUCUGCUUCGACCUGCUGGACCUGCUCAACGCGAAGAAGAAGAGCAUUCGCCGCACGGCGGUGAACACGUUCGGAUACAUCGCGAAGGCGCUGGGUCCGCAGGACGUGAUGUACACGUUGCUCAACAACCUGAAGGUCCAAGAGCGGCAGAACCGACUCUGCACCUCCAUCGCCAUCGCCAUCGUCGCCGAGUCCUGCUCGCCGUUCACCGUCCUCCCCGCCCUCAUGAACGAAUACCGUCUCCCCGAGAUGAACGUGCAGAACGGCGUGCUGAAGGCCAUGUCGUUCAUGUUCGAGUACAUCGGCGAGACCGCCAGCAACUACAUCUACGCCUGCAUCCCCGUUCUCGAGGACGCCCUCAUGGACCGCGACCUCAUCCACCGCCAGCAAGCCUCCGCCGCGAUCUCCCAUCUCGCGGUCGGCGUGUACGGCGAGGGCUGUGAAGACGGAAUCCAGCACUUGCUGAACUAUGUUUUCCCGAAUAUCUUCGAAAUCUCGCCACAUUUGAACAAGGCCGUGCUCGCCGCCAUCGAGAGCUGCAGGCUCGCGCUGGGACCGCCCGUGCUGCUCAUGUACGUCCUGCAGGGACUCUUCCAUCCUGCACGGCGCGUGCGCGAGGUGUACUGGAAGAUCUACAAUAAUCUGUAUAUCUAUGGAGCAGAUGCGCUGACCAUGGCGUAUCCGCAGCUUGAAGACGACGGAGUCAAUACGUAUCACAGAGACUAUAUCGAGAUGUUCAUUUGGAGUGUUUGUUAA